AUGGCACUGAAAAACGAGGAGAAUUUGGGAGAGAUGAAAGCUGAAGAGAAAACGAGCUGGGUUUUGAAUGACUUUGGGAUUGGGCGACCGCUUGGGAAAGGACGGUUCGGCAACGUGUAUCUGUGUCGAGAGAACGCGUCGCAUUUCAUCGUCGCUUUAAAGGUUCUCUUUAAAAAGGAGUUGAUUCGACUGAAUGUCGCACAUCAAUUGAGGAGAGAGGUCGAGAUACAGUAUCAUUUGAGACACCCAAACAUUCUGCGUUUGUAUGGAUAUUUCCAUGACAUCGACAAGGGAAAUUGCGGAAACGAGGAGACGGCUAAAUACAUUUAUCAGCUCUCAAGCGCACUCGAGCAUUGUCACGAGCGUCUCGUCAUUCAUCGAGAUGUAAAGCCCGAGAAUGUUCUUAUCGACAAAAAGGGCAAUCUGAAGUUGUCCGAUUUUGGAUGGGCUGUUCAACACGAUGGUCAAUCGAAACGAGGCACAGUUUGCGGCACAUUGGAUUAUUUGCCACCUGAGAUGAUCGCUCAUAAGCCACACACGUACAAGGUGGACAACUGGGCAGUCGGGAUUCUGAUGUAUGAAUGUUUAAUGGGGAAACCACCAUUCGAGGUACAAGGCCAAAAGGACACCAUUGAAAAGAUACGCAAAUGCAAUUUCCAUUUGCCGGCCGAUUUGGACGUCCGAGCGCAGGACUUGUUGAAGAAGUUGAUCGAAUUGAUGCCUGAGAGGAGAGCCGAGUUGAAAGACGUGAUGAAACACGAGUGGAUCAUCGCCAAUUACAUGCCACCACCACUGCUGCCAUUCCCAAAUAAAGCACAG